CACGUUCAGCGGACACGGGAGCAAGAUGGCGAUUCCGGGCAGGCAGUAUGGGCUUAUUUUGCCAAAGAAAACACAGCAGUUGCACCCUGUUUUGCAAAAACCAUCAGUGUUUGGGAAUGAUUCUGAUGAUGAUGAUGAGGACACCUUGCAGUAAAUUCAUCAGGAACUUUCUGUUUAUCAAGCACAGACCCUCAUGGAAGUUCAUUGAACAAACAGAUCAGGGCUGCCACCUCAACCUGACUAGACUGCUGCUCUGAUGUUACCUUCAGCACUAGGUUGGUGUUGCUUUUUUGCCUCAGAGGAGACUGAAGACAGAUAAGAACAUUUCUGAAAAACUCUCUUUCAUCCUACCCACCCCACCCCCGCCUCAAGUGGUGUGCCCUGUACUUUUCAACCCUGGAUUGCUACACUGCCCUCCCUUCAUUUACAAAAGCGAGCUUGUGCCUCCCCAAGGGUUUUUACAGUUUUAUGUUUACUUCUCACAUUUAACCUCCCUGACUUGUAGAACCUCUUUAGAGGGAGGGAGCCUGACUUAAGAGGAAUUGGAAGCUGAGUAUAACUAAUUUUUUAUAUUAUAUAUAUUUGGCCUUUGAGUACGUAAGAUUUAUUUCCACAAAUUUACUAAUUAUAUUUAAACUUUUACUAGUUGUUUUGUAUUUAGUCAUCACAUGUUCUCUUAUUAGUGGGAGAGGAACACGAGAGGCCCUGGGCAAUGGAAGUAAACUGGUCUAGAAAAACUAUGAUAAUUCAAAAAGUGGAGAAUUUGAGUUUCAGUAAAUAAUUAAAUUUUGUUAUUGAUACAUGCUGUUUGUACAUAUUUACAGGAUACAUGUGAUAUUUUUACAUGCAUAGAAUGUUAAUGACCAAGCUAAAGUAUUUAGGCUAUCUAUCAUCACUAGCAUUUAUCAUUUCUAUGUGUUGAGAACAUUUCAACUCCUCACUUGUAGCUAUUUUGAAGUGUACAGUACAUUGUUGUUAGCUGUAGUCACCCUACUCUACUAUCGGACAUUAGAACAUAUUCCUCUAUCUCACUGUAUGUUCCUACCCAUUAGUACCCAUUAACCAACCUCUCUUUAUCUUCCUCCUCCCCCAAGUCCUUCCCAGCCUCUGUUAACUAUCAUUCUACUUUCUACCUCUAUGAAAUAAAUUUUUUCAGUUCAUACAUAUGGGACAUGAGAUUUUGUCUUUCUGUGUCUGGCUUAUGUUACUUAAGAUAAUGACCUUUGGUUUAAUCCAUGUUGCUAUAAGUGACAUGAUUCCAUCCUUUUUCUUUUUUUCUUUUUUGAGUCGGAGUUUCGCUCUUGUUGCCCUGGCUAGAGUGCAAUGGUGCAAUCUUGGCUCACUGCAACCUCUGCCUCCCGGGUUCAAGCGAUUUUCCUGCGUCAGCCUUCCAAAUAGCUGGGAUUACAGUGGAAACGGGACUUCACCAUGUUGGCCAGGCUGGUCUCGAACUCCUGAGCUCAAGUGAUCUGCCUGCCUCGGCCUCCCAAAGUGCUGGGAUUACAGACCUCCGUGAGUGAAAGCCUUCAGAGGGAAGCUGCUAAGAAGCAGGCCAUGAAACAGACCAAACUGGAAAUCCAGAAGGCCCUUGCAGAAGAUGCUACUGUGUAUGAAUAUGACAGUAUUUAUGAUGAAAUGCAGAAAAAAAAGGAGGAAAAUAAUCCCAAAUUGCUUUUGGGGAAAGACCGAAAGCCCAAGUAUAUUCACAACUUGCUAAAAGCUGUUGAGAUCAGAAAAAAGGAACAGGAAAAAAGAAUGGAAAAGAAAAUCCAGAGAGAACGAGAAAUGGAAAAGGGAGAGUUUGAUGAUAAAGAAGCAUUUGUGACGUCUGCAUAUAAGAAAAAACUGCAAGAGAGAGCUGAGGAAGAAGAAAGAGAAAAGAGGGCUGCUGCACUGGAAGCAUGUUUGGAUGUAACCAAGCAGAGAGAUCUCAGUGGAUUUUAUAGGCACCUAUUAAAUCAAGCAGUUGGUGAAGAGGAAGUACCUAAAUGCAGCUUUCGUGAAGCCAGAUCUGGUAUAAAGGAAGAAAAAUCAAGGGGCUACUCCAAUGAAGUAAGUUCAAAAAGCAGAAUACCACAGGAGAAAUGCAUUCUUCAAACUGAUGUGAAAGUAGAGAAAAACCCAGAUGUGGACAGUGACUUUGAUGCUAAGAGCAGUGAGGAUGAUGAAGUAGAAGAAACUAGAGUGAACUGCAGAAGGGAAAAGGUCGUAGAGACUCCUGAGAAUGACUCCAAGCACCACAGGAAUCAAAACCACUCUCGGUCACCUAGUGAAGAAAGAGGGCACAGUGCCAGACACCACACGAAAGGAUCACGAACAUUGAGAGGACAUGAGAAAAGGGAAGAUCAGCACCAACAGAAGCAAUCCAGAGACCAGGAGAACCAUUACACUGACCGUGAUUACUGGAAAGAAAGGGAUUCUCAUAGGCACAGAGAGGCCAGUCAUAGAGAUUCCCAUUGGAAGAGGCAUGAACAGGAAGAUAAACCAAGGUCAAGGGACCAAAGAGAAAGAAGUGACAGAGUGUGGAAAAGGGAGAAAGACAGGGAGAAAUAUUCCCAAAGAGAACAAGAAAGAGAUAGACAACAAAAUGAUCAGAACCGACACAGUGAGAAACGAGAGAAGGAAGAGAAAAGCAAAGCAAAGGAAGAGCAUGUGAAAGUAAGGAAGGAAAGAUAUGAAAAUAAUGAUAAAUACAGAGAUAGAGAAAAACGAGAAGUAAGUGUUCAAUCUUCAGAAAGAAAUCGAGAUAGAAAGGAAAGCAGCCCAAAUUCUAGGGCAAAGGAUACAUUUCUUGACCAAGAAAUAUCCAACAAAAUGAGAAACAUGGCAAAGGACAAAGAAAGAAACCAGGAGAAAGCCUCUAAUUCUGAAUCAUCACUGGGAACAAAACACAGACUCACAGAGGAAAGGCAAGAGAAGGGUAAAGAACCAGACAGACCACCUGAGGCAGUGAGCAAGUUUGCAAAGCGGAACAAUGAAGAAACUGUAAUGUCAGCUAGAGACAGGUACUUGGCCAGGCAGAUGGCGCGGGUUAAUACAAAGACCUAUAUUGAGAAAGAAGAUGAUUGAUGGCUACCCUAAGAGAAAGAU